UCCCAACAUCCCUUGCGGCGGGCGAAGGAAAAUGAAAACGGCCAUGUCGUGGUAGUGUCUAGUUCGGAGGCGAGUGAGUCUGAGCUACGGUGUAAAACAGACUAAUUUGAUGUAGGGUUAAACCUACAGCUCUGAAAAUAACACGUUUAAUCUCCCGUUUUACUGAAAGAAGAUUUCGUGGAAGUAAGCGUGUAGUUAAAGAGGGCAAACAUGAGCGGAGGAGGGACGCCGUACAUUGGGAGCAAAAUUAGCCUCGUUUCAAAGGCCGAGAUUCGCUAUGAAGGAAUUUUAUACACCAUUGAUACUGAAAACUCGACAGUAGCUCUUGCUAAAGUUCGUUCUUUUGGCACUGAGGAUCGUCCCACUGACAGGCCUAUUCCACCUCGGGAUGAAGUGUUUGAGUACAUCAUCUUCCGAGGAAGUGAUAUAAAAGACCUAACAGUUUGUGAGGGACCCAAAGCCACUUGUACCCUGCCUCAGGACCCUGCCAUAGUUCAAUCAUCCAUUGGAUCCACCAAUGCUGCUGCAGCACCAUCAUUCCAGUCUGCAGGAUCCUAUGCUCCAUUCAACAGGGCCCCUGUCCCACCUUACAGCCAGUUUGGUGUUACAUCCCUUGCAGCUCAGCAGUUUGGAUCUGCUGGAGCAGGAGGACGCACUAGUCCCCACCUGGACUCUUUGACAAAAAAUCCCACCUUGGAUCAGCCAGUCCACGCCCCACCAUCAACUGCUUCAGGUUCACCUGCACCUGUGGGACAGAGGAGUCAAACAGGGGCAGCAGUUCCCAGACCCACCAGCACCACCGCUGGCAGUCAGAAGCCCCCAGACCUCCUGGAGCAGAGAAAAGCUCCUGAGGUUCAGAAAGUGUCACAGCCAGAUAAUGAACAAGGUGCUCUUGAAAACCGGGAUCCCAAUAAGCGUCACGCUGCUGGUGCUCAGGCUACCCGCCGUGGCCGUGGAAGAGGAAACCGCAGCAGAGGCAGGGUAAAUGUGCGCAGGGAUGGCACCAUGAAGUUUGAAGAAGACUUUGACUUUGAGACUGCCAACGCCCAGUUUCACAAAGAUGAGAUUGACAAAGAGCUCCAGAAUAAGCUCAGACUGAAAGAUGAUAAGACUGAAAAGGCACUGAAUGGAGAAGAAACUGCUGACUCAGAACACCCAACCACUGAGGGGACCACUGAGGAGGAGGAGGCUGUGAUAAACACAUGUUACUAUGACAAGUCCAAGUCCUUCUUUGAUAACCUGUCCUGUGAUGACUCAAGUAAAGCGGGUGAAAGAGGCUUUUCAAAGGAUCGAAGGCCAACCUGGGCAGAGGAGAGACGAAUGAACGCUGAGACGUUCGGCAUCCCCCUGAGGCACAAUCGAGGAAGAGGUGGUUUCCGCGGGCGAGGCUUCAUGGGGCCCCGUGGAGGACGGGGGCGGCCCGCGAGCAGAGGUUCCUUCGGGCCACCCCGGGGUGCUCCACCUGGUUUCAGAGGCGGAUUCAGAGGUGGCAGAGGAGGCCGGGAUUUCUCUGAUUUUGAAUACAGGAAGGAUAACAAGGUGGCUGCAUAGUCCAGCAGCAAUGGAUCCACAAAGAAUUGUAGCCCCUCAUCAUCAAAUUAUCCCAGCUCAAGAAAUUUCCUUUGAUCUCCACAUUUGACAGGAAGAAUGAAGACAUCCUCUCAGUCACCAGCAUCAGGGUCGACUGUUUGACAUCAGGGGGGUGAGAGUACAGAAGUUUAGUUUGAUAAACAGUCACUAGAUGGACAAGAAGAUGUGUAAAUACCUUGCUUCGGAGUAACUCUGUAUUUUUGCAUCAAUCGAGUUCAUUUCUUACUGAAGUUGUCUUUGAUAUUGAAAGCUGUAUGCAGAAAGCCCACUGAUACUGUGAGCGGAUCACAGUUCAUGUGAUCGAUAGCUUUAUUUUUUAUUUUCUUUCAGUUUUUGAUAUGAUAUUUUUUGGCAUCAAAUUUCACUGCAUUGCCUGCUGCACCAUAUUUUUCUCUGCUCAAACGUACUAAUGUCAGUUGCCAUGUGUUCAGUAUUUUUACCCAAUUUGCAGGCAAAGUUGUUUUUUUGUAGUUUGUUUUUUGUUUUUCACAUCCAUUCAUUCUCAAAGAAGUAGAGAGGUCAAAGCCAGUUGAAAGAAACAAAAUCAAAACUGAAUAUUGUAAUGAAUGAACGAAUGUAUAUCAAGCUCAUCUUCUGCCCUCCAGCGAAAUCACUGCUCAACAGACUGACUCACUUCUAGUUUUUAGAAAUGUGUUUUCAGUAGUUAGGAUCAUUAGAUCACACUUUGAACCCUUAAACCUCCCACAUCAGAUGAAUUGUGUUUCUGCUUUAGGUUUACAGCUGGACUUCUGCAGGCUUGUUAAUAAAGAUGGCAGCCUAACCAUUAGGAGCCAGUCAUUUGAUUGAUGUAUGGGGUUUACAGCAUUAGCUUUAGAAGUAUUUGUUAAAUGUAGAUUUUAAUUUUUUUUUUUUUUUUUUUUUUGAGCGGGUCUGUUAUAUAGUUGACUAAAGAAAGAGCAUUCCCAUGAUUUGUGUCUGUGAAAGAGAAACAUCCAUUGCUAUUAAAGCCUUUUAUAGGAAAUGAUGGGAAAGGAAAGCCCUGAGUUUAUUAUUCAGAAUACUGCAGUCAGAAUGACCAUGAACAAGUUUAGAUUUUGGUAACAAAUGCUCUUUUGCUAUUUUGCCAAAAAAAAGAAUAUCUGAGGGAUUAGUUGAGCUACAAAUAAUUAUCAGCCUAUAAGUACAUGCUCAUUGUAGUACUCCUACAUUUAAAUCUACAUUUCUGUGUCUGAAACAUACUGAGCCAUCUGUUAAAGCAUGUUCUCUUUUGUUCUCUGCAUCCUCUGAAUUGUCUUACAGCUGUGUCAUCUACAUUGUUUUUGUCGUCUCUUCAGUCAGCCGUUAUCCACUGCAAAACUAAGCACUUGCAGUGUCGUGAGGAUUGUUUACUGAAAAUGGGAAAACUUAUAAAUGGAUUGAAUGAUGUCUCAAAGCGUAACAGCAUUUCUGGUAGAUAUCAGCCCUCUGGCUUGUUUGUAGCUCCUCUUGUUGCAUUGUCGUCAAUGUGAUUGUUCUCUGGAGUGAUUUUUGUUUGUGUUUUUUUUUACUGAUGUGUGAACAAAGGGACAAGAACUGGAUGUGGUGCCAGUGAAUUGGGGGGAGGUGGGAUGUUUGUUUUUUUUUUUCUUUUGGCUCUAAUUUGUUAGUACUUUAGGGAGUGCCUUCAGAGUGGUCAGUUUUUUACAGCUCUCCCUUUAACUUAAAAGUUACCUUUUGACAAAGGCAUUGAUAGCACUACAAGGUGAAAGUAGAUCCUUCUCUGUAGCUGUGGUUGCUUAAAACAAAGCAGCCCAGUUGAAUAUGUGCUGUUUAACUGGAUAUUGCACAAACUGUUGAUCACUGCAUGAUAGCCGUAGGAACCAUCACUUUAUAUGGGCUUUCGCAAUAACCAGCGAGAUUGAAUUUGAGACAAAAAGUAUUACUGAGCAAUUCAAAACUGACAUGUUUUCAUAUGUUUGUUACUCCUUCCAGUCACUGGAAUUAUAAACCAGAAAUUGUUUUCUUGAGAAUAUCCUCAAAAUGGAGUUUUUACGUCAAAUAAAGAGUUGUACAAUA